CAGUUCUCACCAUAAACAGAAAAGUGUAGAGCACAAAAGAACCGACAAAAUAUUGCUCGUUAAAAUAUAAUUUCUAUUUUCUAUUAAAUAAAAUCACAAUAACGUAAAAUGAGGGAGACGCCACUUUCUACCAUUGAGCGUAAUUUUAUAACACAGGCAGUCAAACAAAAUUUGCGCCUAGAUGGUCGCAAAAAUGAUGAAUUUCGUAAGGCAACCAUCAAUUUCGGUGCAGAUUGGGGCAGCGCACUCGUGGCACUUGGCGAAACCAAAGUGCUCGCGCAAGUAUCUUGUGAGCUGGGUGUCCCCAAGUCCACACGCCCCAACGAGGGCAUUAUUUAUAUAAAUGUCGAAUUGGGGCAGAUGGCGGCACCACAUUUUGAGUCCGGACGCAACUCCGAGUUAAAUGUGCAAAUUAGUCGUACUUUGGAGCGAACAUUUAAAGAUUCACGGUGUGUUGACUUAGAGUCGCUUUGUGUUACCUCAGAGGAGCGCGUAUGGUUACUGCGCAUUGACCUGAAUGUAUUAAAUCAUGAAGGCAAUUUAAUUGACUGCUGUUCAAUUGCAGCGCUAAGCUCGCUACUGCACUUCAAACGUCCGGACGUGAGCAUUAUUGACAACGAUGUGCAUAUACACUCGGCAGCCGAGAAGGAACCAAUACCUAUGGUGUUGCAUCACUACCCAGUUUGUGUCAGCUAUUGUUUGUUCGAUGAUGGCCGCUUGGCUGUAGCCGAUCCCAGUGUAUCGGAGGAACGUACCGCAGAUUCUGCGCUGGUGUUCGGCUUGAAUUCAUUCCGUGAAUUGUGUUGUUUAAAUUUAGGUGGCACAACACUUACAAGCUCCACACUGUUGUUGCAAUGUGCCACACGUGCAGCGCGACGUGCCAAGUUUGUUGUUGAUUAUGUGAAGGAAAUGCUGGAGUUGGAUAAAAUGGCGAGAGAUGAUAAUAGAAACGCUGGUUUCACAGAGUGUGUGCGCCUCAAUCAAAUUACAGCUUUGGCGGAAAAUCGUUUGUCGCUGCGCCUACGUAAUUUCAAACUACAAGAAACUAGCGAAUUGAAAGAAGCAAAUCCAAUGGAAACAAGUGGUGAUGAAGAGGAUGACAGUGAGGAAGAAAACCCAGAUGACCAAAAGAACGUCGUUGCCAUUGACUCCAAAUCGGCUCUGUUGGAAUCCAAUCAAUCUAACAUCAAAUGGGUACCGGAUGAUGAGGACGCUGAGAGUAAUGUUGAAAGCAUGUGCUCAGAGAACGUCGCCGAGGAGGGCGAUGAAAGCGAACGCAGCCUGUCACAACAAGUGGAAAAGCAAAUGCGUAAAUUUUCCAAAAAAGAGUCAAAACGUGCAUUAAGUAGGAAGCAUUUGCAACACGAUGCCAGUGAUUCGGAAGAAGAAGCAAAAGUAAUUUUGUAAACGUGAAUGAGAUACAAGGAAUUUUUACCUCAUCUCUUUUUAGCAUACUAAGAACUGAUUUUAAUAAAUAUGCCUAUGGCAUGCAAAACAAAA